CUUUCUCCUUUUGAGUUUGAUGGCUUCAUGUCUCAUGCUCCUCCUCUUACCACACAAGACAAAAACAUUCCUGCGCAUUGCCCGGUACCACAACAAGAUGUUGACUGCUUUCUUUAUCCUCAUAGCUGCAGCUACCAUUCCUCUCUCCUCAUCUUCAUCUUGCUACAACUCCAAGGGACAGCCAAUUCUCUGUAGCCCGCCAAAGAUAAGUGACAUUUUGAAUGGGAUUACACCACUGGCCUCUAGUACAUGCGGGGAGAGAGCAGUAGAGAGGACAUGUCAGAAAGGAGGACUUCAUUGCAGUGCCUGUGGAGAUGGUAACAGCUCUCUUCACCCGCCAGAACACAUCACAGACUCUGACCCACUUACUUUCUGGCUCUCUCCUCCUUACUCUUCUCUCAGUGAUGGAGCUGGUAACAUGAAUGCCAAUAUCUCUUUUAAUUUGAACAAAACUUUCAUAAUUGACGAAAUAAAAAUACUAUUUCGUAGCCCCAGACCACAUUCAUUCUCUUUACAUGUUUCGUCUGAUUUUGGUGGCACUUACUUCCCUCUUCGUUACUACUCCUUGUCCUGUCUUGAGACUUACGGGAUAGAGGAAGAGAGAGGAGAGAGUGAGGGAGCAAGGUGUACUUCAAAUGGUGUAGGACUCAUACCAUUAACUGGAGGAAUGGCUGUUUAUCGCUCAGAAUCAACGAUAUUCGCUGUCACUAAUAUUCAAAUACGGCUACACAAACUAGUCUUGCUGCCCGACAUUGAAACAUGGAAUGAACUGGUACUGGAUAGUUAUUACUAUGCUCUUAGCUCGGUUGAGGUUUCUGGAUAUUGUCAUUGUAAUGGACAUGCUUCUUCAUGCAUGAGAGAUGCUAAUGGAGGUUAUAGUUGCAACUGUGAGCAUAAUACUACCGGAGUAGACUGUCAGGCUUGUUUACCGUCUCGUAAUGAUUUACCAUGGCAACCGGCUACGAAUGAAAACACUGUAAUUGAAUGCAGGAAUUGUAAUGGGCUCUGUGGCUGUCAAGAAGGUCUGGGUGGAGAUGAAUGUGACACCUGUUUAGCUGGUUACUAUAACAACAGUGGUAGUUGUACACGAUGUAAUUGUAAUUCAAAUGGAUCGGAUGGUUGUGAUUCAGAUACUGGAGAGUGUUAUUGUUUUGAUGGUUAUUCUGGUGUUGAGUGUGAGCUGUGCCCUGAUGGAACUCAUAAAAUAAAUGAAGGAUGUACAGAUUGUCCAUCUUGUUAUGACAAUAUUUCUGUUGCUUAUAACACAACAGUCAGUUCACUUGAGUCACUAACAGAAGCAAUUAUCAACUCCUCCACAUCAAAAGAAAUUCAUCCAUCACUCACAGAUACUGUAAUGAGCUUGCAAUCCAACCUACUUAAUCUUAAAGAAUUAUUAAUUCAUUUAACAUCUCGACAAAUGCAGCUGUUUUCCAACCUUUCAGAAACAAACAGUGAACUGGUAGAAACAGUGGAAGAGGUAGACAUUUUUGCUAAUUUUAUAAAAGAGAUAGAAACAUCAGCUAAACUAUUAAGAGAGAAAAGAGAGAUGAAUGAUGAAUUGAUUAAUAACAUCACUGAACAACUGAGCCUCAUUGAGACACUAUUGAAAGUUAAUGCUACUCAACACUUAAAAGCAUCACUAAAUAUAACAAAGAGAAUCGACAUUGUUAUAUCUCAGCUUGCUAACAUAUCAAUGGAGGCUGAAGCUGCAGCUAAUGAGCAAUCAGUAACAGUUAGAGAAUUAUUAAGAAAUGGACUGAUUCUAUCUGAUAACACCACAGAUCUACUGCAGUCAAUAAAUGAACUAGUUGACAUUGAGAACAGCACCCUGGACCUAUUAAAGGGACUUAAUGAUUGCUCUACUAGUAACCUCUCCAGUCUUGUUGCUGAAGGAGAGAUAAAACUGAGUCAAGUUAUUAAUGACACUGUGGAAGUAUUAGAAGCAGCAAUGAGUGUGUAUGAUGAUGUGGAGAACAUAGAAUUUAUUGAAAGAGGAAGAGAGCUUUUGGUACAGUCUCUGCAGCUGGUAAUGAUUGCUAGUAGGACAUACAAUGAGACUGUUAACGUGUCUAUUGCUAGUAAUGAAGUGAGAGAAGCUUUUAAUGUCCUUUUCAAUGAUGGACAGGAUCUACUCUCUACUGCUUCAUAUCUUAACAACACUGCACAAGAGAUAUUGGCUAGAGAAAAGGAAGCUCUUUCUUCUGCUAAUGCAUCACUGAGGGAAGGAGAACAGAUCAUUAAAGAAGCUGAAGAGGUCUUGAAACGAGUCGAGGAAGAACUUACAAGAGCUUUGGCUUAUGUAGAGAGGCUUAAUAGAUUGAGGCUACUUGUUGAAGAGGCAGAGGAAGAUUCAAAUAUGACGCUUUCCCUUGCAAUAGAAAGAAGGAGAAGAAUUAAUGAACUAAGUAAUAUUAUUUUAGCAACAGAGAGCAUAUUACUAGGAACAAUAGAGACUCUGGAUAUUAUAAAUGAUGCGCUCAAUUCAACUAAUGCAACUGUUUUGAUAUCUCGUUCAGAAGCCACAGAACUUCAAGAAGACCUUAAAGUUAUUCAGUUGGAGGAGACAGAGAACAAACUGAGAGAGUUAGAAGAGAGAGGAGAGAAGGAGAGACAGUCACUGCUUAAAGCAAACACUGGAUUAAAUGCUGCAAUUGCUAAUGCUGCUAGGACUAAUGAUAGUAUAGCAGCUCUUUCAGCUCAAGUUGAGCAAGUUGAAGAACGAAUAAACUCAAUAACUUUUGCUGAUUCUGCAGCAUUGGAUUCUCUAGAUAGGGCGCUUAGUAAUGCAGAAGCAGCUUGUAAUGCAACAGGAAUGGAAUUAGAAGAAUUGAAGUCUGAGAUAUCGGUACUGGAAUCAAUGUCUGAGAAUCUGAAAGAUAAGUAUGUCAACUUGCAACUCCACCGUGACCUGCUCAAAGACAUGAGGGAUAAUCUUGAUACACUUGACUGUGAAAAUGAGUUUCAAUAGAGAGUUAAUUAGAUAUAAUUAUUCAUUAGUAGUGCCACCUUUUUAAAUAUUCAUUGAUUGAUAAUUUUCAACCAAUCAAAUCAUUUUAGUCACGUGUCUUUUAGUGCAAGCAAUUCACAUCAUGGGGAAACUUAAGAAACAAAAGAGGAGUUCAUCCAAACGUAAGAAGUUCCAGAGAAGCAAUGAAACACUGUCCAAUACCACAGUGAACAAAUUGAAACAAAA